AUGGCUUCUCAUGGUAAAGAAGAAUCUUUGCCUCAAAGACCAAUCAAACAUUUCGCAAAUGAUACCAAAAAUAUUGUGUUGGAAGCGCUUCGAGGGCUUUGUUUUACUUUUCCGCACUUGCGAUUAAUUGAGCGAGAAAAGGGCAAAGCUGAUAUUGACGAAAUUAAAAAUAAGCAAGUCACUCUUGUAUCGGGGGGCGGGGCAGGUCAUGAACCUGCACAUGCCGGAUUCGUGGGCCCAAAUCUUUUAUCAGCCGCCGUCUCAGGCAACAUAUUCGCAUCACCUUCCACCUCACAAAUACUCGCCGCAAUCCGACGUGUUCAAUCGCCACAUGGCACUUUACUCAUCGUCAAAAAUUACACGGGUGACUGUUUGAAUUUCGGAUUAGCUGCAGAACGAGCAAAAGCUGAGGGAAUCAAGGUGGAUAUCAUUAUUGUGGGUGAUGAUGUCGGUGUUGGAAAAGAACAGGGUGGAUUGGUUGGAAGACGUGGAUUGGCGGGAACUCUCUUUGUUCAUAAAAUUGCUGGUGCUGUCGCUGCUGAAGGUGCGACACUCGAAGAGACGAAAGCUGCUGCAGAAUUAGCUGCACGUAAUAUUGGAACGAUCGGGGUUGCUUUUGAUCAUUGUACAAUUCCAGGAUCCGAAUCUGCUGCUUUUUUGUCGAAGGAUGAAAUAGAAUUGGGAAUGGGAAUUCAUAAUGAACCUGGUUACAAAAAAAUAAGUCUUCCAUCAUCACGGGAAUUAGUUC